AUGCAGGAGGUCUGUAGAAAGAAUACUGAUCAAUCCGAACCACAGUUUUGGUUGCAGACAGUCCUUCAAUGUGUAGGGUAUAUCGUAUUCGCUGAAUGCCAGGACGAGAGUGUCGUUAUUACGGAUGCCCAAGUGUACAUGAAAAUUCCGAAUCGGAAGUGUUCGAGCGAUGUUCUACCAGACAUCGAACAUCUAGUACGCUAUGCCUGCUUUGCAUACGCGGACGACGAUGGCACAGAUUUCCGAAAUCUCGCAGUAGACUUACAGGGUGCACCCAUUACCGCUCGAAAGGCCCAAAGUACUCGUUUUACACGUACCCACGUGCACUUGGGUAUCCGUAACAACGACACUUUAGUCCUGGCAUUCCGAGGAACCGAUCUUCCGAUGAACUUAGACGACGUUCAAAGAAUUGAACGAUUCCGUGGUCUGGGCCGUAACGCCUUGAUGGACAUUAGCUAUACCUUCGUACCACUUGGCUGGUCUGGUCUUCCAGCGGUGCUUGUACACGAAGGCUUCUUGCUUGCCUUUAGUGACCUGACCGCUAAUAUGAUUCUGAAAAUUACCGCUCUGCUAGGAGGACGACAACCCGGAAGCAUCGAGGUCUGUGGCCAUAGCCUCGGCGGAGCGUUAGCAACACUAUGUGCCUUAUGGUGCAGGUUGCUAUGGCCAGCUACGAGCAUAACCUGCGUCACACUUGGCUCGCCUAGAUUUACUGGUCGCAAUGUCAACUGCUUUCGAUUUGUGUUUGCGUCAGAUCCCAUUCCGAACCUCCCAAACGCAAUUGUAGAAAAGUUUCCCUUGCGUUAUACUACCAGUUCGGUCAUCGGAGUCUCGUUCAGGGGAGGUGGCGCCGAUACCUGGGAACAUGUAGGUCAGCAAAUAGACCUACCUGGCAUUGCCCCAGACAAUUUGCUCCAGCGGGGUUUGCGGGCAAUUACAUUUGCAUCUGCAGACCACUACCCCACACGCUAUUCUGGAGAGGUAGGAAGGAUGGUAGAGCGUAUAAAGGAGCAACGCCGACUGGAAAAGGAGCAACGCCAAGAGGAGCAACGCCGACACGAAGAGGAGCAACGCCGACGCGAACAGGCGCUACGCCGACGCGAGGAAGACGAGGAAGACCAAGCCAACGCGAAGUGA